AGUGGUUGCAUGGGUGUCAGAUAAUACAACCUAUCGAAGAGUGAUCUACUGUCAUUGUAAGGUCGGAAAAGACACUAAAUUGAAGUUUUGAGCGAUAAAAGUUCUCGUUAACAUGGCGAACGAUAGAGAAGUAUUACGAGAAAUUUGGGAAGGCAAAGUGCCAGUUUGUUUUCAACUUGAUUCCGAAGAAGUUUGUGAAUUACAAGCACCAGCUCCUUAUUAUUUAAUGGUUCCUAGGUUAAGUUACUUUCCUCUAUGUGUAGACAAGGUACGCAAGCAUUUCACACGUCACAUACAAAAGGAAAAACAGGAAAAUGAGAUGUGGUUGGAAUAUAAUGGAGCACCAUUGAAAUGGCAUUUACCUGUUGGUGUUCUUCUGGAUUUGCAUUCCGAAAAUAUUCAACUACCUUGGAAUAUAACUGUUCAUUUCGAUAGAUUUCCAGAAAAUUUGAUUAUGCACUGUCAAAAUAAGGAAGUCGUGGAGUCGUAUUUUCUAGCCUGUAUAAAGGAAUCUGAUGUAUUGAAACACCGAGGGCAAGUUGUUUCUAGUAUGCAAAAAAAAGACCAUAAUCAAUUAUGGCUGGGUUUACUCAAUGACAAAUUUGAUCAGUUCUGGGCAGUAAAUAGACGACUUAUGGAAUCUAAUAAUGACGACGGUUUCAAAUAUAUUCCAUUUAGAUGCUACCUGAAUGAAGAUAAGUACAUUCAAAAAUUGGUUAAACCUGUUAAUGAAGAGGGUCAAAGAAAAAAACUGGGACAUUUAUUAUCUGAAGUUUUCCCUGAUCAAGAAAAAGUGGUUGUCCGAACACACGGAAUUAUUCCGCUCCCAGAAACCCCUCUACAGUGGUUGUCUGAGCACCUAAGUUACCCAGAUAAUUUUUUACAUCUAUGUUUGAUAAAUUGGUCACCAGAAGUACCAUCUAAGUAAAGAAUGACACUUUUAUGCGCAAUCUAUACCCCUUUCUCCUCAUCCUCGUUUUCAAAUGAAAAUAUCAAAACUCUGCCAUCACGAAGUUGUACUGCUACUGAGAAGAGUGCGAACCGAAUCAUUGUUCCAGGUCAAUAAUCGAAAAUUAUCUGAAUUGCGAAUUUUUGUUUCUGAAGUUCACCUAAAAUGAAUACGUCAGAUGGUGGAACGUUGCUAUUCAAUUCUGAGUCGAAUCUGAAGUGAAGUUUCUCGUAAUAAAAAAGUCGGAAUCAUCUCAUACAGUUCCGGUUCAAUAUCUAGGGAUUCGGUCAUCAACGACAUUUUCGCCUUGCACAUAUUUGAUUUGGUUGUGAAUUUUUCCAGUAAUGCAGAUUCUUCCGAAAGAAGUCUGAUACCCAAAUAUAUUUUGUCACAGAAUACGAAUAUUUGUGGGAAUUACUGAAUUCUCGGUCCCAAUAACAGCCACCGGUCGGUCGGCGUUAAACAAAUGACCUCGCGUUAAAUUGUUCGUUCCGAAAUUUUAUUCCUUUUAUUAUACGAAAUAUAAAAUACAAUGCCAAAAUUGAUGAGUUAGAUAAUACUCUCGUAUUGUAUAAAUGAUGUUCAGUGAUUUUUAUGUAUAUAUGUAUGUGCUGAAUUUCUAUAUUGUAAGUAAUAAUAAAUAACAAAUUGAUCAUAAA